AGCAGCGGUCUCGCUUGCGGCUCGCCGUCGUUUCCCGGCAUGCCCAGAGGCUGCGGUGGGUGGUGGUGUAAUGGCGGCUGUGAUGGUGGGCCACGACAUGUUUGAGGAGAUUGUGAUGGCCGAGGAGAGGUUUCAUGGUGAAGGGUAUCAGGAGGGGUAUGCUGAAGGCAGUCACGUUGGAGUUGUUGAGGGAAGGAGAUACGGAUCACUCCAUGGUGCUAAGAUAGGGUCUGAGAUUGGCUACUACCUUGGGUUUGCACUGACAUGGCAGUGUCUGCUCCAGAAAUGCGCAGAUGAAAGGAACAGCAAAAAGAUAAGGGCUCUGAAUUCCUUAAUAAGGAUGAUUCAAAAAUUCCCAUAUGAAGACCCUACUUAUGAUAAGCUGCAAGAAGAUCUGGGAAAAAUCAGAGGAAAAUUUAAACAGGUUUGUACAAUGCUAAAUGUUCAGUCUGAUUUUAGAAUCAGUACUGAAAGCUCUUCCCUAACAUUUUGAAUAUAACAGAUGAAAGUAAAUGUGGAUGACCAAAGAAGAAACAUUAAAGGAACAAUUAACUGGAGAAGUGUUUAUCUACUCUUACUUUAAAUGAAAUCACAGUAGCGCAGGAGUGCUAGGUAUUAAAGGGAAAAGGGAAAAUCAUUAAACUUGCCAGAGUACUUAUAUGUCACUUAACAUUUAUUAUCUCCAAGUUUUACCUGAGAGCACUGAAACAUUGUUAAAUAGAAAUAUUUAACUAGCCUUGCACUGAAAGAUUUAAUUCCUCAAAAGGAAAAUGUACACAUUUGCAAUGUUUCCUUGUUUAAAGAGUGUAUGUUAGUUAAAAAUCUGUGUAUGCAGAUCAUGCAGUUUACACAAUGUGUAGAUACUGUAGGUGAAGUAAGAUAUAAUCAGUUGUCUGUAAACUUUGUUGUAGGAAUCAUUGGGAGUAAAGGAUAGAACAACAAGGGAAGUCAGAAUGGGAAGGAGAAAAAUUAAGAUACCUGCUCAUAAAGUAGCUGCAGCUCAGAGCAUGAAAAAACCCUACCAAACCCCCUAAAACCCAAACAGUAAGCAAUAUAAAUGAUCAGUGAGAGAAACAUGGCUAUAGAAGAGCUGAUACUGAUUUUCUGUAUAUAUUAGUACCUUUUAUCAAGGGAAAGCUUUUUAUUUUCCAGUCUUGAAUAUGUACUUGUUAGUCUUAAAAAAAAAAAAAAAGAUGCUGUCAGCUAAAUUUAUUCAACUGUGUUAAAGGGAAGCAGAGUCAAUUAUUUUGCUUGAAUGAUACUUUAGGUUGCUGGAUGCCUUUGCAUACCAUUUGCAAGAUAUGAUGAGUUCUAGAAGACCUUUCAUCAGUUGUAACUUAUGCUGGCUAAGUCUUCGCAGCAUAGUGUAGGUUUGUAAAGACAGAUUUGAGUCCCAUGGCUGUCAGAAACUGUAUGCAGGGUAAAGUAUCUCAGGUGAAGGAAAUGUUUCAGUAUAGCUAUAUCCUUGACCAGCUCUGCUAUGUGCCAUCUGGACUUCAGCUCUGGUUUACUCAUACAGCUUUUUUAUUAUACAAGAAAAUAACUUGAAUUUUUAGAUGGUCACUGUCACAUCUGGGACGUAAAGCACAUGCAUUCUGCUAAAAGUUUUUGAUUUUGGACUCCAGUGAUAAUUCUGCUGAAUGUAAGAAGGGAGUUGUGUGCAUUUGUGUCAACUUACGUCAAAACAAUCUGUUCUUUUUUGUCUGUUGCCUGAGUAUGUAAGCCAUUUCCUUAGUGACUUUUCUUAAUAACCAAGCAAUCAAUGACAGUUCCUUUGAAAAUGGGUUUGAUGGAAUCUCUCAUUUAAUUUUAUUUAUAGCAAAUUAUUAGAAUAAAUUAUUAUCUAAAUAUGUAUUUAGAUACCCAUAUUUAACUAUAAAGAUUGUAGCAACCAGGAUUUCAAACUGGGAUGAACCAGGUUUAGGGUUGCCUCUGAGGUCUUUAAUUUGGCUCCGUAUGUGUAUCUAUACUGAUGGAGUCUCUUCUUCCACAAGUCUGUAUUAUGAAUGAGUAUCUUGUGUUUCAUGUCUUGUAUGGGCCUGAAGGUGUUUAUUAAAGGAGGUAUGGUUAAAAUUUA